GUCCAAUUAAGAAGCAAAAUAAAAAUCAGAAAGCAGUUCAAAGUAAAACAAAAACAAAAGUGAACAGUAACAUAACACAAACCAUCUUCUAUGUAAAAGCCAAAGAAUUAUCAAACCAUGUUGUUGCUUUGUAAAGGAGAGGAAGGAGCCUAAAGAAAAGCAACGCAACAAAGGAAGAAACAAAGAAUCACAGAGAGAAAAAGAAAGAAAGAGUCUUCUUUUGUUGGCCGGCUGGCAGCAGCUUGGCUGUCUAAGCCUUACCUUUUUUCUGGGAAUUUCAGCUUUUUGAAGGCUCUUGUUUUGUAGAAUUGGAAAAUUUCAAGUCUCAUGAGUUGGUUCGUAGCCUUGUAUGCCUGCUUGCUGAGUACAACUUCGUGGGUCGUAAGAGCUUGAAAAAUAAUGAGAAGCUUGUGGUGUUUUGGUCAAAAGAGCAAUGCUGAAAAUAUGGGAAAGAAAGGGAGUUGGUUUUCUGCAAUAAAGAAAAUCUUUUUACCCCACUCCAAGGAGAAACUAGCCAAUGAAUCAGAUAAGAAAAGUACAAAAGAAAAGAAAAAGAAGGGGCUAGCAAAACUACGGCGUGGAGAAACCAAUUCCUUCAUUCCCCUAUUUAGAGAACCAAGUAGUAUUGAGAAAAUUUUGGGGGAUGCUGAAAGAGAGCAUAACUUAGUAUUCAGGCCUCCCACCCCACCUGAGCAACCUAGAACGCCACCUUUUGUGCCUACAAGAGUUGCUUCUCCAAGGGUUCCUUCUCAAAGGAUUUCUUCUCCAAGGGCUGCUUCUCCAAGAGCUGCUUCACCAAGAAUUCUUCAACAGCAUAGGGAAAGACCAGAACCAACUCUAAGAUACCGCCAUGCUUGUGCUACAAAAAUUCAAGCAGCCUAUAAAGGAUAUAUGGCUAGGAGAAGCUUUGGAGCUCUGAAGGGUCUAGUGAGGCUUCAGGGAGUACUGAGAGGACAGAAUGUGAAGCGCCAAACAGUGAAUGCCAUGAAAUGUAUGCAGCUUUUGGUGAGGGUUCAAUGUCAGAUUAAAAAAAAAUGGAGCUGGAGAUGUCGUCGGAGAUUAAAAAAAAAAACCUUAGGGUGAAACUGCUAUUUUUUAAAACUUAAGCUAGGAAAACUUU